CUCAGGCUUAGCUAGCUAGCACAAAUAUCUUUCCCCCUGCCCUCUUCCUUCUUCCUCUCCCCAACCCACCCACCGCCGCCGGCCGCCUCCCUGGUGGUAGCCGGGCAGCCGGAAUUGACCUCUUGAUGGCUUGAUUUGGGCUUCCAAUUGCACAAUCCAACCAACCAAUCGAUCGAUUCGAUGGGCGAGGAGGCGGUUGACGACUACCAGCUGGAGCUGCUCGGCGACGAGGAGCGGGUGAUGGAGUGGGAGACGGGGCUCCCGGGCGCGGACGAGCUGACCCCGCUGUCCCAGCCGCUGGUCCCCCCGGGGCUGGCGGCGGCGUUCCGCAUCCCGCCGGAGCCCGGGCGGACGCUGCUGGACGUGCACCGCGCGUCCGCGGCGACGGUGUCCAGGCUGCGCUCUUCGUUGGGGAGCGGCGGCGGCACAUUCCAGCCCUUUUUGCAUCCCAAUCAGGCAGCCGCAGGAGGAGGAGGAGGUGGAUCAGCAGCGGCAGCAGCAGGAAGAGGGGACGAGGCGGACUCGUCCGCAGCUGCCACCACCGCGAACAACAGCAAGCGCCCUCGGCUGGUGUGGACGCCGCAGCUGCACAAGCGCUUCGUGGACGUGGUGGCGCACCUGGGGAUCAAGAACGCGGUGCCCAAGACGAUCAUGCAGCUGAUGAACGUGGAGGGUCUGACGCGGGAGAACGUCGCGAGCCACCUGCAGAAGUACCGGCUGUACGUGAAGCGGAUGCAGGGGCUCUCCAACGAAGGCCCCUCCCCCUCCGACCACAUCUUCGCCUCCACCCCCGUGCCGCACAGCCUCGUCCACGAGCCCCAGGCGCAGGUGCCAGCGCCAACGCCCUACUUCCCCAUGGGCGUCUCCGUCGGCUACCACCACCACCACCACCAGUACCACCACGCCGGCUACCCGCAGGCGUACCACCACGCCGACAAAUAACACAAUCUCUUUCUUAUUUGCUGCUGCUGGUGCUGGUGGUGGUCGAUCGAUCAAUCAAUCAAUAAAAGAGGAGAGAGAUUUGCUGCUCUGCUCUGCUCUGCUGAUGUUGUAUUGCUGCUGCCUGCUGGAGAGUCAAGUCAAAUCAAAUCAGUUGCUGCUGUACCAAAAGAGAGGCAGAAUUGCAUUGGAUUCUGCCUAAUUCCUGAUGUCUGAUACCAACUGUAAGUUGACUGUGCAUUGUUACCCAUAAUAAUAUGAAUAUACAAAUAAACGAUUCGAUUGUG